GAUCCGCAUGGCCAAGGACUGUGGGGCAGACUGCGCUAAGUUUCAGAAGAGCGAACUGGAAUACAAAUUCAACAAAAAAGCCUUAGAGAGGCCGUACACCUCAAAACACUCCUGGGGGAAGACCUACGGGGAGCACAAGCGCCACUUGGAGUUCAGUCACGACCAGUACAGAGAGCUGAAGAAGUACGCGGAGGAGGUUGGGAUUUUCUUCACGGCUUCUGGCAUGGAUGAGAUGGCUGUAGAAUUUCUUCAUGAACUAGAUGUUCCAUUUUUCAAAGUAGGAUCAGGAGAUACAAACAAUUUCCCAUAUUUGGAAAAGACUGCAAAGAAAGGACGCCCAAUGGUGAUUUCCAGCGGGAUGCAGUCGAUGAACACAAUGCACCAGGUGUAUCAGAUUGUGAAGCCCAUCAAUCCAAACUUCUGCUUCCUGCAGUGCACCAGUGCCUACCCGCUUCAGCCCGAGGAUGUCAAUCUCCGUGUUAUAUCGGCGUAUCAGUCAGCUUUUCCCGACAUCCCCAUUGGCUAUUCGGGGCACGAAACUGGCAUUGCCAUUUCGGUGGCAGCUGUUGCUCUGGGUGCAAAAGUGGUGGAGCGUCACGUGACUCUCGACAAAACAUGGAAAGGAAGUGACCACCAGGCUUCCCUGGAGCCAAAGGAGCUGGCAGAGCUAGUGAAGGCCAUCCGUACUGUGGAAAAAGCAAUGGGUUCUCCAAUCAAACAGCUCCUGCCUUGUGAAAUGGCUUGCAAUGAAAAGCUGGGGAAGUCUGUUGUGGCAAAAGUGACCAUUCCUGAAGGAACCGUACUGACACUUGACAUGCUGACAGUGAAAGUGGGAGAGCCUAAGGGUUUUGCUCCAGAAACUAUCUUUGAUCUGGUGGGCCAGAAGGCAAAGACAACAAUUGAAGAAGAUGAAACCAUCACUGAGCAGGCAGUCAAAAAAGUGAAGUGCUAAACCAAAGCUCUCCAUUUGAUAUUUUAUGAUGUCAGUCUGUCCUACUGCACAGCAUGUUUAAGUAUAGUGACAUGGUGGGUUAGAAAGGAUCUAAGAAGAUUACAUUUUCAGGGUUUGUUCUGCAGGAAGUUUUCGCAACUAGGGGAUAUAAAUUAUGAAAAGCAAUUUUAUUAGAAACUGCACUGUACUGUGUCUAGAAAAUACCAUGUUCCUCCUCUUCCAUUCCACUUCAAUUAAUUUGGAUUUUUUGCCAACUAGCAACUAGCUUGAUAAGCACGAAAUCACAUUGGUGUUAUCAGUCUGCGUUUGUCUGUGACAGAAUCAAUUGCUAGUUAUGGUUAUUAUGGUGACCAAGGUCUACUUUUUUCUAGCUUUCUUUUUCCGAUAAGAAUACACUAAUCCUAAUAAUUUGUCUAUACUUGAAUUGUUCUUUUACUGUAAAGUCUCUCUUCUGCCAUUUCCUUUAAUCUCAUGAAUAUGGGAUGCAAGUUCUUGUUAAAUGCAAAGAGAAGAAUUACCUAAACUAAACAGACAGUUUUACGCAUGCAAUAUGAUUGUUCUUAAGAUAUGUCUUAAGAUUUAAAAAAAGUCUCAAGUUAAAGGAAUGGGUGGCAGGAACCUGCUUGAGGAAUAGAAGUGGACAAACUCACGGAAGUGCAGCAGUAUAGAGAAGGGAGAUAAUAAUCUAUUCCUGUGGUGCCAAUCUUUCAAAAGCUAGCUCCUUAAGGAAAGCUAGGUUCCAGUAUGCACUUACCUUCUCAAAGGCAGUACCAACAAAGUCACUGAAUUGGAUAUGGAGACAGCUCCCAUAUAAGGAGCUUGAAAAAGAACCUUUUUGUACUUUUUAUAAACUGAAAGGCAAGACAGCAAGCUAGAUGAGGCAAAAUUCACCCAAUGUGGAUCAGUGGAAGUAAAUUUAAUCUGUGCUUCCAGAAAUUGGCAAAAGCAUCUGUCAGCUUACUGAAUCUUGGCAUCCUAAUAAAUUCUGCUGUGCAGCUUCUCUAUUUGUAUGUGAGGACAGCUGCUCAGGUAAGAAAUCAAAUGCUAGUAAAGAUUUUGCAGCCUUCUUUUUGUACAAAGAUGCUGUGUUGGAAUUCUUCCCCCUCCUCCCCCACACACUGCUCUUUGAAACAGCUGAAGCUAGCUACUUGACUAGAUCACCUCAUUGACUAGAUCACAGCAUGAUUGCCAGCACUCUUCUGUGCACUCCACUCUCGCAAUACAGGUGCUUUUCAAGUAAGAAGUGCAGUCCCUUUGCCUAUUGUCUUUGGGCAAGACCAGGUGGCAGCAGGUAUAAUACAUAUCUCAACUAGCUUGAUAAGCACGAAAUCACAUUGGUGUUAUCAGUCUGUGUUUGUAUGUGAACAGAAUCAAUUGCUAGUUACGGUUAUUAUGGUUAUUGCUACCUCUUAAUCAUAAAUUGGUAAAAUGUCUUGAAUUUGAUGGUUAUUUUUCUGUGCCUGUAAGUAGUUCACUUUCCAAAUGUGUACUUUUCUGCAGCUCUGAAGAGUCUGUAGUUCUGUCUUUAAACUGGGAAGAAACUGUUUGAAUCACGUGCUUGUGACAGUCUGUGAGUGCUGAUGCAGUAUGCUUGCCUUACAUUAAGAAACAACUCAACUGUUUAAUUUUUUUAAAUGGCAAGUUUAAAAAAUAAAUCCAGCUUUCAAAACAA